AUGUUGCGCACAAGAUUGGGUGCACGGCUCCGCCUGGCCAGCUGGCCGGCACUUCAGCCGGGAGGAUGUGCUCGAUGCUUCACUUCCUACGACCAGCCCUUCAUACGUGUGAGCCGCCACACCAAGGACGACGCUGACCUUCAACGGAGGGACAGAGAAAAACAUCCGGGAGUGAAGCGGGCUGUCGUGUUUCCCGGACAGGGCACGCAGUAUGUGGGGAUGGGCGCUGAUCUGGCCAAGGAGUUCCCCGAGGCACGCCGUGUGUUCGAAGAGGUCGACGAGGCCCUGGGAUUCCGCCUCUCCCAGAUCAUGUGGGACGGCGCACAGCAAGAGCUCACCAUGACCGAAAACGCUCAACCGGCCAUCCUCGCGCAUUCUCUCGCGGUGUUCCGGGUGCUCCAGAAAGAACUAGGCCUGUCUGCCCCGAGAGGCUACGCCAGCAUGCUGGGCUACUCGCUGGGCGAAUGGUCCGCCAUAUGCGCUUCGGGGGCGUUGCCGCUAUGGGACACUGCCCGACUGGUGCACUACAGAGGCAGGGUCAUGCAGGAGGCUGUUCCUCUAGGCGAGGGAGCCAUGGUCGCCCUGAUGCCAAUCGACGUUCCGACCGCCAGUGCCAUCGCCAAGAAGGCAGCGGAAGAGACAGGCGGGCUGACGUGUCAGAUCGUGCUCAGCGGGGCGGCGGGGGCGAUCGACAAGGCCGUCGAGAUCGCCAAGCGGGAGCAUAAACGAAUCAAGCUCGUUCAAAAGUUGAACGUCAGCGCGCCGUUUCACUGCGAGAUGAUGCGGCCCGCUGCCCAGAAGCUGCAGGACUACAUGGCCGACUCUACCAAUAAGGCACCCCCCCUCGCAUGUCAAGUUCGCCGACCCGUCGGUGCCCAUCGUGUCCAACGUCACGGCGCGACCCAUCACCCAGGCCGGCGAGCUGUUGGACCUCGAGGUCAAGCAGGUGACCGACGCCGUCCAGUGGCUCGACUCCAUCCGCCUGCUCGCCUACCCGGCCACCGCGGCCGCGUCUUCAGAAGACGUGAUGCGGCAUGCGGCGGGCAGGCCGGCCUGGAAGGAGAUCGAGGAAGAGGAGAAGCUGUGGCAGUGGAAGGGCUUCGACGACUUCCUGGAGUUGGGUCCGGGCAAGACCCUCAGCGGCUUCGUGCGCCAGAUCGGCACCGAGCUCCAGGCCACGAACGUGGGCACGGCGCAAGAAGUGAUCGACUAUUGCAAGCACUACCGCGAAUAAAACUUGACUUGUUGUGUUGUGGUUCAUGGAAAGAUGCUGAUGGGGAAGAUAAUGUUGUAUAUUGGGUAGGGAGGGGUAGGGAGGCAUCAAAUAUUGAUGGUUCGUGGUUGGUUGGUUGA